CGCCAGCUUCCAUUUCGGUGUCGAUCACUCCCGCGUCACAGUCUUUGUGUCAUUACACCGUUUGAAAUAUCUUCCCAUCGGUUGUCGCGAAGACGCAGAAGGAUUUGACGAUGCUUUCCCGUCGCCUGGCGCUCUCGCUCGUUCUGGCGGUCGCCUUGUUCGCCCGAUUCGAUCAAGGCGCCGCACUCAAGUGUCGUGUUUGCAAUUCCCUUACGAAUAAGGACUGUGCCGAUGCGCCGGACAAUAUUGACCCGGUCGACUGCAGCGGGGGCGGAACUACGACACCCGCUCCCGGAACGACUCCGAAACCUAAUCCUGGCACGACUGAGAAACCUGAUUCAGGAACGACUCCGAAACCUAAUCCCGGCACGACUCCGAAACCCGAUUCCGGUACGACUCUAAAACCCGAUUCCGGUACGACUCUAAAACCCGAUUCCGGUACGACUCCAAAAUCCGAUUCCGGUACGACUCCAAAAUCCGAUUCCGGUACGACUCUAAAACCCGAUUCCGGUACGACUCCAAAAUCCGAUUCCGGUACGACUCCAAGACCCAAUUCCGGUACGACUCUAAAACCCAAUUCCGGUACGACUCCGAAAUCCGGCGGCGACUCGGAACCUGGAACCGGAGGUGACUCGGGUUCUGACGGAAAGGCGGAGUCCGCGGUUCAGCCCAAGGCGAACCGACGGCGCCGUGGCACCGUCUCCGUCCGCGAUUCCGAGCACACGUGUUACAAGCUCACCUACAAAUCGAACGAAGAUGACGUCAUCGAAAGGGGCUGCAUCGCGAAUACGGAAAAUGCUUGCGACCAGUUGAAGCAGCAACAGGGUAGGAGCGAAGCCAAUUGUUACUUCUGUGACAAUGAAGAUGGCUGCAACUCUUCCUCGAGCCUCAGCCUCGGAUUCAUCUCGAUCCUCGCUCCAACCGCGCUCGUCGCCAUUUUUAGAUGGUAGAGGCCAAAUCCCAACCACGUUUUCUUUUAUUCCUCGUACACUUUUUCGCUUCUAUUCGAUCGGGGUUCGGCGGCUUCGAAUGUUUCGUGAUGGCAAGUUAACUCGCCGAGUAAUGGGAUCCGGAUCGACAUCUUGGUUGAGCCACUCCGUUGAGACCUCGAAGUUAACUUGGAGGCGUUCUUUGUACGAAAUGUGGGAUUUUUUAAGAUAAAAUUGAAAGAAAUUUACUGAGAUAAACUUGUAAGAGAUACUUAUUUCUAGCCUCGAGAGCCGUGCCGUUUAGUACAAUUUUUUACAGUGUAUUAUCAACAAUAAAGACAUUAUGGCCAAAGAGA